GACGAUCUCAAGUGCACAACGCUGAGGACAAAAAGGUGGCGAAUGACAAUAACACAAAGUGCAUAAACAACAAGAUAGCGCGAACCACGGUUGCAAGGAAUCAAACCUCAACUGAAAUUGUCCGGAAAAAAAACUAAGACGUUUGGAAAAAUGGCAACACUCGAAGCAUCAAAUAAAGGUAAGGAGCCUUCUAUUCUUCUUGUUCGCCGCUUAGAUUAAAAGGUUAGUUUUUCUAAUUUAAAUUAUUUAUAAUUUUCACGCAAGUCGCUUGAGCAUUUGGCUAUCUGAUCUAAAGCAUGGCCAAUUCUAAGGAUUGCUUUUUAAUCCCAAAAAGCUUAAAAGCAAAGUUUUUUUAAAGAACCUAUACUUCGGCUAAAAUUCUUCCCAAUAUGUUCGUGUUUUUAAUAUUCUAUCGCUAUCCACGGCAUUGCUUUCAAAGUCUUCGAGUUUAUAGCUUAUUAAUUAAAGAGUUGAAUCGGUGUUUGCUGUUAUAAAUUAGUAAAAAUUGAAAUAUAUAUAAUCAUGAAUAAGCUUGCAUGUUAUUUUAUUAUACAAACAAGAGAAUUAAAGUACAAGUAUAUAUAUAAUAACGGUAUUUAAAUAUAGCUACGACUCCUUUGACUUUGUGGUAGACACUGGUUAGCAUAUAUAGAAUGUACAAAGUUAAAGGUUGCGAUCCUCCGUUUCGACUAAACACAUGCCCUUCGGCUUCGUCAAAACGUUUUCAAUGACUCAAUGAUAUUAACGAUGAUGUUGAAACGUUGUUAAACUUUUAAGUAAAAAAUACACAACUUCCCAUACUACUUUCCUGAUACAGCUAGAGUUAUGCAUGAAAAUAUGAAGUUCAAGAAAUGGAACCGCGUUUGGAAACAAUGUUUAAAGUUGGACAUCUUUUGCCACUUUUAAUUGAAGAAUAUAAACUCGGUAUUUUACAAAACCGCUUUUAAUUUACUUCUUAAAUUAAAAGAAUAACGAACAAGCAUCGCUAAAAUUGACAAGCACACCGUAUAGCAUAGUAUAUAUGUAUUACAAUUCUUAUAUAAUGAUAUCUAUUGUAAGGAUAUACGUUUUGUUUCUGUUGAAAUGCGUGGAAUUGCGAUAAGAAUCUUCGCAAUUGCAAAUGAAAAGUGUGAAAAUGGUUCGAAAAACGGAAACUAAUGCAUUUGCUACAAAUCUCGGCCCAUUUUCAUUUUUCAAAUCAACACAUUUCAAAACAAAGUUUACAAUUUUAUACAUUAUAGUAUUUUUAUCUAUAUAAGCAGUAAAUAUAUGGUUGCAAAUGACUGCGGACGUUUUACAGCCAGACUUUAUAACAAAAUUAGUGAUUUUAGGUUACAGGGAGAGCGGGGGGAAACUAUAGGGCAAAACAGAAAUUUCGGCUCAGCGCUAAAAAUUCUAUCAAGCCAAGGGAAAUCUACAGCUUUUGAAACUCAACCUUUCAAUUUCCACGGCGCGCGGCAGCUUUCCUAACAGACUGUGCAGGGUCAUCAGAGGUUUACAUGACUUUCCUGCAGUGUUAGACAUAAACCGCGCGAUCUUUUUAUUAGUUAUUUGAUGUCCUGUUGCGUUGCGUGAGCCAAACCGCUCUUGCAAACAAUUAAGCAGAACUAUUUAGGCGGAUUUAAUAGAACUCAAGGCCCGCUUCAUUAAACAAAAAGCAUUGAAACUAAUUUGCUUUUAACACACAUUAACUCCUUAGGACAAUAUAAUAUUUAAAUGAAAUAGCUUCAUUAUAUUGCAUGCGUGUUAGGCUAUAUACAUUCGAAACACGAAAAAAAUUAUAGCUAUAGAAUACGUCAUGAAAUGAAGAAGGGUUCUUCACUCGGAAUGGGCUAUAGCUGACAUGAACUUUCUCGAUGGUUUUAGAAAGUGCACAUCAAAUAUAUACGACCAAAUAUACAAAAAAUAUUAACAUAUAUGAUCAUUUCUCGAAAUUUUGCUUCAAUUUUUUUCCCCAACCGUUUCGCUUUUAUAUGUGGAACUAUCCUGACUGAUUAUUAGUAUUCUAUACCAUGUAACGCCAGACAAUUUUAUUUAUCAGUGCCGGUAAACAGAUUCACUUAUGAAAAUAUGCAAAAGUAUGGCAUAAAAGCUGCAGCCUAUAAAUUCAAUAUACACAUAAAUUCAUACAAUCUUUAAUGACCUGAACCAGUGUAUAGGUGGUGCCUAUUAUAUAAAGCAGAGAACUUGCAAGGAGAACUUCGAUCGACGUUUCGAGCGAGGCCCUUCGUCAAAAAGUUAUAGUCACUUAAAGUCGCGGAAUAACGAAAAAGUAUAAAAUUUAUUUGCCUUUUAUUUCACGCGCGUGAAAUGCGUGCGAAAAUUCACAUCAAAUUUCUAAACGCUUUUGUAUUGAGAUAAAUUCUAUAUUUUAUACAUAAUUCAAUAGCGGCCGUCUCGUGUUAUUCGCAUCAUUAAAUAACAGGGUCUUUGUUUCGUUGUCCAAAACAAUUUAAUAGUACGCAAUAUUUGUAUUUCACUUUAAAAAAUCUUUUCUAUCUCAUUAAUUAUUCUGGAGUCGGGCUGACGUCAAAAGGGCAGCUGAUCAAAGCGUAACACUGUCGUUUGAUAAAUUUCAGAUCACAUUAGAUGUUCAUAUUAUAUAUCACCGACCUCCCGUCUUGGCGCUCACUUAAGUGUUUUUAAUUUCCGUUUUUAUUUAAACAUAACCUUAGUAUAGUAUAGUAUAUCUUUUAGUAUAUUUAAAAUGUGGGGUUUAGUAGCAUAGGUAUAUAGUAGCAUAGGUAUAUAGUAGUAUAGGACUAUAGGUAUAUAGUAGUAUAGGACUAUAGGUAUAUAAUAGUAUAGGAUUAUAGGUAUAUAAUAGUAUAGGACUAUAGGUAUAUAAUAGUAUAGGACUAUAGGUAUAUAAUAGUAUAGGACUAUAGGUAUAUAAUAGUAUAGGACUAUAGGUAUAUAAUAGUAUAGGACUAUAGGUAUAUAAUAGUAUAGGACUAUAGGUAUAUAAUAGUAUAGGAUUAUAGGUAUAUAAUAGUAUAGGAUUAUAGGUAUAUAAUAGUAUAGGACUAUAGGUAUAUAAUAGUAUAGGACUAUAGGUAUAUAGUAGUAUAGGACUAUAGGUAUAUAGUAGUAUAGGACUAUAGGUAUAUAAUAGUAUAGGAUUAUAGGUAUAUAAUAGUAUAGGACUAUAGGUAUAUAAUAGUAUAGGACUAUAGGUAUAUAAUAGUAUAGGACUAUAGGUAUAUAAUAGUAUAGGACUAUAGGUAUAUAAUAGUAUAGGAUUAUAGGUAUAUAAUAGUAUAGGAUUAUAGGUAUAUAAUAGUAUAGGACUAUAGGUAUAUAAUAGUAUAGGACUAUAGGUAUAUAAUAGUAUAGGACUAUAGGUAUAUAAUAGUAUAGGACUAUAGGUAUAUAAUAGUAUAGGACUAUAGGUAUAUAAUAGUAUAGGACUAUAGGUAUAUAAUAGUAUAGGACUAUAGGUAUAUAAUAGUAUAGGACUAUAGGUAUAUAAUAGUAUAGGACUAUAUAGGUAUAUAAUAGUAUAGGACUAUAGGUAUAUAAUAGUAUAGGACUAUAGGUAUAUAAUAGUAUAGGACUAUAGGUAUAUAAUAGUAUAGGACUAUAGGUAUAUAAUAGUAUAGGACUAUAGGUAUAUAAUAGUAUAGGACUAUAGGUAUAUUGUAGUAUAGGAUUAUAGGUAUAAUAGUAUAGGUAUAGGACUAUAGGUAUAGGGCUAUAGGUAUAGGACUAUAGGUAUAGUAGUUAAUGAAAUAAAAAGUUAAUGGUCCAAAUAAGAGUAAUGCGCAUUGUUUUUCAAGUUUUGCGCAUCGAUAAUUUCCAUCUACAAUAUCCUUCAACUAUUAUUCAAUCGAGUAAGAUUGCAACAAAAUUUUGAUAUUUACCCAUAACCUUUAUACAUUGGAUGGCAGUACCCUAGUAUGAAUUUGUGGUUAGAGCUCCACAACUGUCUUCUGUAGCUCACAUGGUUAGACCGCUGCACCGGAAUCGCAGGGCCACAGGCUCGAUUCCUGCCAGGAACCUGUAGUUGCAUUUUUCCCAGCAGUUCCUGGCUAGGUCUGAUAAAUGACAAGACCCUUCAACUAUUGUUUUUCAAGGCCUUCAUUACAAUGAUGUACUGACUGUCGCCAAAUGUGAUCGCCUUGAUGAAAGAAGACUCGACGUUCAAAUACUGACAGUCUUUGAAAAUGAAAAUGGUUUCCGUAUAGGGAAGCAAAACGUCAGACAAAAUAAAACUGUUCAAUAAAUGUAAAACAAUCUGGAUUAACUCAAAAGCAAUUACAUUAACAUAAUUGUUGUUGCCAAUUUUCUUCAUAGACGGAUUUUCAGAUUUUGCUCUGAGGGGGGGAGGUGAGCGACAGGGUGCGUAGCGCCGUCGAGCAAGCUGCAGUUGGUGUGUGGGGGCACAGUUGUCAAUAGGAUGGGGUAAGGGGGCGAAACCCCCAGAAAAUUUUCAGAUUUUUGGUCUUAUUUAGUUCAAAACCCUUGUCUUACUUUGUGAUUUUUGGUCUUAAUUAGUUCAAAAUCUUUAUUUCAAUCACACUACUGUCAUUGAUCCCAAUAAACAUUUAAUAAAAUCCGUCUAUGAUUUCCUUUAAAUUAUCCUCUUUUCUUCCACUAGUCUGCAGCGAUUACCCUGCCAAGAAGCCAAUGGACUCGCUCAAAACACGUAUUUGUGCGGUCUGCGGUGACAAGGCAUCGGGUUUUCAUUAUGGCGUACAGAGUUGCGAGGGUUGUAAAAGUUUCUUCAAAAGAACGAUUCAAAAACAACUCCAGUACAUUUGUGUUGAAGAGAAAGACUGCACUAUUGAUAAGAGCAACAGAAUAAGAUGUCAAUAUUGUCGUUUUCAGAAAUGCAUUAAGCUUGGUAUGCUCAAAGAAGGUAAGGAAAGAUAACGUGUACAGAGAAAUGCUUUGUAUAACGGUUUUUGUUAUAGGAAUACGAGCUGAGACCACUGAGGCAGAUUUGGGAACAGUAUAAUUGAAAUCUUAUGUCUGCUUGUCUCUUGGUUAAGUAUAACCAUUAGUUUGGAAGAAGUAAUGUCGUUCGGGAUGUUCCUUCACAUAGAUAAUGAUUUUUGUUGAGGGACCAUGAACAUAAUACUAUUUUUAAAUCGUUGAAGCACAUUUAAGAACAGUAUACUGUACUUGAGAUCUUAGGUCUGUAUCGUUGUCCUUCUUCCGUCGCUUAAUUCCCUGAUAGGGUUGACCGCUCUGGUAUACGUCGAUUCUAUCCCAAAUAUUCUUUCCGAGGUGUGUACCCUCGCAUACCUCUUUCCACAUUAUUCUUCCGCCUCAUCCUUUGUCUUCCAACUGUUCGUUGCCUUUACAGUUGUCUCCAUAUUAACUUGAUUAUACUUUCCUCCACACUAUCCUAGGCAUCCUCUUCUGUUAAGUACAGUACACUCGGGUCUCUUUCCACAAUAUCUCUCCAUCUCAUCUUUGUCCCCCAACUAUUCAUCGUCUUUCUACCGACGCUUCCGUUACUAACUUGAUUAGUAACCUUCUCAUUAGUAAUCUUCCUCUACACUCUGUCCUGACCAUCCUCUUCUCUUAGCCUUAGGCUUAGUACCCACAUGUCUUUUUCCACGGUAUCCUUGAAUCCUUUCAUCUCAUCCUUUGUGUCUCAAAUAUUCUGUGGGCGCCUAUAUGCUACCUUGACUGGGUCAUUAUUUCUUCGUCUGUCUCUUAAGGAUAUUCAAAAUAUCCACUUCAACGUUCACAGUUCUGUUCUAUCCAGCUGUUGUUCCUCUCUCUUCCAUAAAGCCCAUGUCUCUGAGCAAUACAUUACCACUGGUUUCACGACUGUGGCGUACAUGUAAGAUCAUCUGGUUAGUGCAAAUUGCAAUUCCUCUGUCUGGUCGUAAGCUCCACUUGCUAAAUCAUUUGUUAACUCCAUAAUGAUAAUCCCAACCAGCAUCAUCAUCAAUUCAGGCCUUAAAAUUGUCCGAUGUAGAGAGGAAACCACUGGACAUUCUGUCCGACUUAAGUGAAACUGAGGUUUAUUGUUUGUCCAACCCGAGUGUAUUUGUGUCCGACCUAACUGUAACUUUGUCCAACGUAAAUCAAAAUGUACCUUAGUCCAGGACUAGAAGCUCAUAUGUUAAACGGAGAAUCAGAGCAAUGUAUAGAAAGUGAACUGGAGAUGGGUAAUCAAGUGCAUACGGGGUUUUCACCGUGCGGUUCGCAAAGUUACCGCCAAGACUCAAAUGGCUUUUCCAAAUUGUGCUGAUAUUAGUUUGUGUUUGCAUUCAUAUAUACUUAUUUCCAAGCCAAACUGAACUCAAAGUCAUCGGAAAUGAGUCGGACAUCAUAAUACACAUGUCCGACCCAAACUCAAAGUCAUCGAACUUUUUGUCAGAUGGUUCUCUCACCGAUAUCUUAAGAUCUGAUCAAUCAUUUUCGUCAAUAUCAUGACAACCAUUAUUAUUAUCGAUCACCAUACCACCACCAUUAUCACCAUCAUAUACCACCACAAUCAUCAUCACUACCACCAUCACCACCGUUAUCACCACCAUCAUCACCAAACACAAUCACCACCACUUUAAGAUUCUUUACAACUUCAAUUCAAUAAUUUUCAAAUUCAGCCGGUGCCAUGAAAAAGCUUCUGAACAUAAUGUCCUUUGUUAAUUCUUAACUUCAGCCGUACGGGAAGACAGAGCACCAGGAGGACGACCAAGGAUUAAGUCAUUACUGACUUUGAAAGAACACCAAGAAACGUACGGUUCAUCUCAGAUGAUUCUGGAAUUUAUUCAAGCCAGACCUGAUUGCGUUCCAUCCAUCAAGUAAGUUUAUACGUGGCUUUAACCUCGACUUUCGCUUGGCAAAUCGUCAGGAGCAUUUACUUUGGCAACCACAGAAAUAGUUUCCAUUUUUUCACACAUAGUAUACUUUAUGGGAAAUAGCUGCAGUCAGUGACAGCUCAUGUCAAAACAUGACGUGUUUUCAGUAGAAUAAAUAUGUUAUACAUCACACAAUUACUGUCAAAAUGGCGCAAUGGAGGUCAAUUUUUCAAUUAUUCUAACGCACUUUAGAAGAACAUUUCAGAAAGACUAGAAAACAAAAGAAAAGUCCAUAGGAAGGCAAUGCCUUGAAAGCAUACAGCAAUUACUCACAGGCAGGGACAACACACAUAAGGUGGAACAAAGACCGUUUCAUUUUCAAGAAUAGGUCCUUCACAGUACUCUUAUAGCAAAACAAUUGUUCAAUGUCACCAGUCACGAUCUAGUGAUCGAAAUAUUCCAUGAUUGUCUUUUCAUUGUUUGAAAAUCUCGCUGUUCUCUAGUCAUCCAGCAAAGGGCCUGUGGUAUAUAUGCAUGUCCAGCUUUCAAAUUCUUCAUUUCAUUUUUUCUAGACUCGACAAUCAUGCAAUGACAAUUCGUGACCUCUAUCACUUCCAUACAGUUGAAAUCUUGAUGGAGGUCGCUGUUCAAGAGCUACAGAUGAUCAUAAAAUGGGCGAAACAACUUUCAUGUUUUAACGCUUUAGAUGCGGAUGAUCAGAUCAAUCUUCUAAGUGAAGGUAGGACACUGUCUAUGUCAAUGCCUCCCCCGGCGGCUUCGUAACUAUUAACAACAGUGACUUGCAUUGUGCCGAUUUGUCAACUGCUGCUUGUUAUGCUAAAAAAGAGGAAGAAGUUCAUCCAACAGGUCAGAUGGCGGUCUUCAACUUCGAAUGCACUCAUGCACACUUGUGGGAGCGAGUAAAUGAUGCCAAAUGCUUGUAUUCAUCUCAUUCCGCAUUUCUUAUGGAUAUACUAUACAUCUUCUUUGCAGCUGCCUUAGAGCUCUGGGUGUUCAGAAUUUGCCAACGAUCAAGCCCACAUCAAGGUUUUGUUGUGUUCGCCAAAGAAGUGGUCUGGCAUGUAGAUUAUCAAUCUCAUGUGGUGAUUGGUCAAUGGGUCAGUUUGUUAUUGAUGUAUGCUCGCAAGCUGCAGACGUUACAGUUGGACAUGGCUGAGUUCGCAUGUCUUAGUACUAUACUGCUUUUUACUCAAGGUAAGAGGACAUAGGUUUAUGCCAGUUUACAGAGUUAAGAUUAUUGGAAUGUCAUUUGCAUCUCAUUCUGAGGUGGAUGGGAUAAAGACCGCGACAGAGAAUUAAAACUCUACCAAAACGAGUUUUGUAUAACAUUUGAUCAUUUUACGACUGCCCACAUUAAGAAUUACAUAUCCUAUCAUUGCCUGAUAUGUGGAACAGAGCUCAGUGAGUUCUGUACAACACCAGAUAAAUUUAAAGCAGCGAACAUUCAGAAACAUGUACUAUCUCUGCAUGAUUUAAACAUGCUAAAGAGAGACAUAACUCUGUUCACAUGUACAGAUUAUCCACAACAUCGAUCUCUCUAAGGAAGACCACAAUCAAGGACCAAGUAUAACUUAAUUUAAUUCUACUAAAUUUUUAGUAGCGAGUUCUGUAUACCAAGUAACCCCAGUAUGAAAACUAGUACUACUUCUGCAUCAUUCUAUCUGCAUACUACCUUGGCACUUACAAAUUACUCUACUAUUGCGAGUCGAAGUUAGUUCCUUAAGAAAUUCGACAUGAAGAACUAGUACAAAUUCUGCAUUAUCUAGUCAUGCUUAACUCAGAAUUACUCAGGAUGCGAUAAUUCGCGUACUUACGUACCGGAGAUACGCCAAUAUUACGCUCUGGUACUUCUUUCUUUUCAGUCACGUACCAUGUUAUUGUAGGUACGUCAGAACUAUUACUAUAUGCGUACUUACUUUUUGCUGGUACCAUAUGACCUUUCCUAGCCCAAGGUAUUCAAUACCGUAACUUAGUUGGUAUAUAUCAUGUGUCUGAGAUGUCUAAUUGUCAUGAAACAUGAUUGGACUGAUGGCACUAAGAAACGUUGCAGUUGAUUGUUUGUAUAUGCAAUUGUGCUUCUUCUACCUCGUCGUCUGAACAUACGUUUCAGAAACCUGUAUUAUAUGAACCUCAUUUUAAAGACUAUUAAAGUAGACAUCGAGGAGUCUGUACCAACUCAAGGACGAGGCAAUAAUCAUUGGGCCUGGAAGCGAUAAAAAUAUUAAAUUAUCGCACCCUGUAACGUUACUAUCAUUAAUUCUGUACAACAUCAGAGCAUUUUAAAUCAACCACAUCGAACAACCUGUACUAUAUAUACCCCCGCAUAAUCUAACCAUGUUUAACACAGAGAGAUCCAACUAUACAUUCACACGAGUGCGGUACAAUAUUUGCUCACGUUGAGUGAGGCCACGCUAACGUCUUAUAUUUCUUUUCCAGAGCCUUGUUCCAAACUCCGAAACUACGACGCGGUUGAAGAGAACUUAAAACAAGCAAUAUGCUGCCUCAAGGACUACAUCAAAUGCUCUUAUCCCGAGAAGACAAACAGAUUCGCUCAGAUAAUACUGAAACUACCAUCAUUACGAGAAGUUUGUAUUAAUGCCAAGAAACAGUCGUUGUUUGCAAAAUCAUUUGCAAGCUUUGCUUUGCCAACCAUUUCAUCCAUGCUCGUUCAACAAUGAAAAAAAAUUAUGGAAAAAUAAAAUGAUGACAUUAGGGAAUAUAAUUGAAAAAAUAAAUGUUGAUAUUUGAAUAUAUAUAUAUUGGGAAGAGAAAUUUUAAGAACAGCUGCUUGCUUGGACGAAAUUUUGGGUAUGUAUAGUAUAUCAGACAAAGAUUAAAGGGAUUUUUAAAGAACAAAAUAGUUCUUAAGUUCCCAAACGUAUGUGGGGCGUGUACUUUAAUUGUUCCGACAAUUUUGUGUAAAUAUAAAGUAUUUUAUAACUUUAAAGAUACUGAUGCAAUGAAUAUAAAAUUGAAUAUAUAUAAUGAAUUUGAAGCCACGAUUGUAAAAGGUUAUAUAACAAUUUAUUGAGGAUUAUGUUUCGAUUUAAAAUAUGAAUUAGAUCAGAAAUAUCUUUUACGAAUUCUAUAGCUGUAGAAUUUCAUGUUUUAUUGAAUUUGAUUUAAAUAUUUAAUAGAUGCAUGCAAUAUAUAUCUCACAGCUUGUCAACAAGAUGUGUUCGCAUUGCUUGUUCCGAGCUGUUGCCAAGUCUGGAACAAGUUGCUACCAUCUUGUAACAAGGUUGAUGAGGUCAGCAGACUCGCAACAAGUUGUUUCAAUAAGUCUGAUAUCGUCUGCAUGUAACAAGUCGAUACCAACAAGCUCGUAUAGCAACGUGUUACGAACAGCCUGUGUUAGUCUUGUUGGAAAAAAAUUUACCGUCAUCAACCUCGCAACAAGGUGAUAACAACUUGUUCCAGACUUGUCACAACAACUGGGAACAAGCACACCACCAUCACCUGCAGUACCACUAGGAACAAGCACAGCACCAUCACCAACACCAGCAGUACCACCAGAAACAAGCACAGCACCGUCACCCGCAGUACCAACAGGACACAACAACUGGAAACAAGCAGUGCAAACACAUCCUAGGCAUGUUAUCGGCUUGACAACAACCUUGUUGCAACUUGUUUACAAAUCUGUAACAAAUUGCGCUUUUUUAGGUAGGUAUUCCUUGAAAUAUGCUUAGGAGAUUUUUGGAAGAGAAUUUAUAUAGAGGUGCGCCAAAAAGUCUAAAUUCUUUUACAAUUAUAAGUAGGUAAACGGGCUGUGCACUGUGCUAGUCAUCCCUUCCUUGCAGUUGACAGCCUCGAUCAGCAGAAGGACGCAGCUCAACCUGAUCGAGUUGAUUAGGGUUACUAAGGGUGCCUCUAGCUGUCAUCUUAUGACUGUCUGUAAGUCCACAUCUUCAUCAGUUCAAAAAAAUUAUCCUUUAAAAAAAUGUUAUUCUUGAAUCAAUGUUCAUGUUUUCCUACUUCGUUAUUCUCUCUUGCAAGCCUUUCCACGCUUUCUCGACUUGCUUCUGUGUAUAUUCCGGCUCCCAUAAAGUGCUCAAAACAACAUUAGCCUGCGAGACUCGCUCUUUAUUUUUCAACUGGCUUGCCAAUCUCUUCUUUGCUUCUUCUUCCGACAGUCCGUUCCGGUCUUUCAACCGUUUGAUUGCCUCUGCUUCCGGAAUGAAAGACACCCAGAUUUCAUUCACUACUUCAUCCCAGCCUGCCUCGAGAAGCAAUGCUGCCUCGACUAUACAAACUUGAGCACCUUUGGAUGCUACUUCUGAGAUAAGUUCCUUAAUCCUUUCCAUUAUCUUUGGCCAAACUAUUGAGUUCAGUAAUUGAAGCUUGUUGCUAUCACUGAAUACAAUACUGCCAAGGCUUCUCCUAUUUACUGACCCAUUACUGUUCAAAAUUCCAUCACCAAAACUCUGUAUGAUUUCAUUAUAAGCAUCAGUGCCCGGCUCAUACACAGAAUGUCCUACUAUAUCUGCAUUAAUGAUUUCUGCCCCCAGUUUUUCAAGACGUUUAGCAAUACUCGACUUACCGCUGGCAAUACCUCCUGUGAGUCCAAUGACAUACACACCUGAUUGGUUGGAAUUGGAUUUGGGUGGUCUUAGUAAAACUCCAAGGGCUUCGUGCCUACCAGCUGUCGAGCUUAGUUUGCAUUCAUCUGUUGAGCU